CAAGCACCCCUUACAGCUCUACUUAGCUUUCUUUAUAACCAGGAAAGAAAAUCACACUGAUAAGAGAUAGUUUAUCUUUCUACUUCAGUAUGAGGUAUGUCCUGGAACUACUGUAUUGCUCUUCACCAAUUACAAGCAGAGCCCCCAUGUGGGAAUUCCCUUGCUUGCAUUGCCAAGGCUGAUCAGUGAAGUGGGAAGGAAACACCAGCGUGGGAGGAAGCUGGGUGAAGAGCAAGAGAGAGAUGAAAUGUGACAUAGGUUCACCAGCAUGCAGGCACUGGAGCUGGAUCUGGCAUCUUUGGGAAUCUUUUCUGCACAGAGGCAAAAUAAUGAAUACACACACCUGGCAAGUGUGGGCCAUGUACAUGGUCUUAGCUGUAAAUCUCUCCAGAGAGCAAGAGAUGAAGCAGACUUGUCCUUCCUGUGAUACUACUGAGAUUUGCAACUGCUCUUCCAUGGGCUUGGAAUUCAUUCCACCUGGGCUCACAGCCAAAACCACAGUGUUAAACCUGGCCCACAACAGGAUAAAGCACAUCCACUCCCAGGACCUGCGGCAGGCUGUGAACCUGAGAGCCCUGCUGCUGCAGGCCAACAAAAUCAGCUCAAUAGAUGAGGAUUCGUUCCGCUCCCUUGGGAAACUGGAGCUCUUGGACUUGUCAAAUAACAGCUUGGCUCACUUGUCCCCUGCGUGGUUUGAGCGCCUCUUUUCACUCCAGCACCUCCACCUGCAAGGCAGCUCCUACAGAGACCUGGGGCAAAGCUCCCUGUUUUCUAAGCUGAGGAACCUGAGCUCUCUCCACCUGGGCAACCCAUGGUUCUCCACAAUAAGGCAAGGGAACUUUGAGGGCGUUGUGCUUCUUGACAAGCUGUGGAUUGACGGGGGCAACCUCAGUCAUUACGAGCCAGGAAGUUUGGAGCUGAUUAGGAAGAUAAAUCACAUGAUCAUAAACGUAAGAAACAUUAGCAUAGUCUCAGCAAUUGUCAGGGACCUUCUGCACUCUGUCACUUGGUUAGAAGUGAGAGAAAUUGACCUCAAUGAACCUGCUGAAACACAACUAUUGAGAGUCAUGUCUAACUCCUUUGCAAGCAAAAUUUCUUUCAAAGAGACCUUAAUAACAGAUGCCACUGUUCCUGAGUCUGUCAGCAUUAUAGCAGACAUGCCAAAGUUAGAGGAGGUUGAGUUUAUAGACUGUAGACUCAUGGGAACCGGACGAUGGAAAAUGCAAAUUCAUGUAAAUCAGUCACAGACUAUUAAAAUUAUAACAAUAGAUAAAUUGUCUAUAGAGCAAUUCUAUUUGUUUACAGACCUUCAGGAUGUGGAAGGUCUACUAAGUCUUCUUACCAAAGUCACAGUUGAAAACACCAAGGUCUUUUUGGUACCAUGCAGGGUUUCACAGCACCUUAGAUCAUUAGAGUAUCUUGACCUUAGUUCGAAUUUGCUUGGAGACCAGAGUUUGGAGCACUCAGCGUGUCGGGGUGGUUGGCCCUCACUGCAAAUUCUAAAUUUAAGUCAGAACUCACUGAGUGACUUAGGGAUGACGGGUAAAAGUUUGUCUCAUCUGAGACACCUAAUUCUCUUAGACAUUAGCCAAAAUAAUUUUGGUGAUAUUCCAGAUGUGUGUGAAUGGCCAAAGACCCUGAAAUAUUUAAACCUCUCCCGAACUCAAAUUCCUAAGGUAACGACUUGCAUUCCCCCAACGCUGGAAGUAUUGGAUGUUAGCGUGAACAACCUGAAGGAGUUUGGGCUGAGACUGCCAUUUCUGAAAGAGCUGUACCUCACCAGAAACCAGCUGAAGACCUUGCCUGAUGCAGCACCCGUCCCUAACUUAGUGGCCAUGUCGGUCAGAGGAAACAAGCUCAACAGUUUCUCCAAGGCGGAGCUCGAGUCCUUCGAGCACAUGGAGCUGCUGGACGCCGGCGACAACAACUUCAUCUGCUCCUGUGAGUUCCUCUCCUUCAUCCACCACCAGGCAGGACUAGCGCAAGUGCUGGUGGGGUGGCCGGAGAGCUACGUGUGUGACUCUCCCCUGGCAGUGAGAGGGGCUCAGGUUGGAGCCGUGCACCUCUCGCUGAUGGAGUGCCACCAGUCCCUCAUGGUGUCGUUGAUCUGCACCCUGGUGUUCCUGGCCAUCCUCUCCCUCGUGGCUGUCGGCUACAAGUACCACGCGGUCUGGUACCUGAGAAUGACCUGGGCAUGGCUGCGAGCCAAGCGGAAGCCCAGGCGAGCUCCCCCAGAGGACCUCUGCUAUGAUGCUUUUGUCUCCUACAGCGAGAAUGACUCGGACUGGGUGGAAAACAUCAUGGUGCGGGAGCUGGAGCAGGCCUGUCCCCCCUUUCGGCUCUGCCUUCACAAGCGGGACUUUGUGCCCGGGAAGUGGAUUGUGGACAACAUCAUUGACUCCAUCGAGAAGAGCCACAAAACGCUCUUUGUGCUGUCCGAGCACUUUGUGCAGAGCGAGUGGUGCAAAUAUGAGCUGGACUUCUCGCACUUCCGCCUCUUUGAUGAGAACAACGACGCAGCGAUUCUCAUCCUUCUGGAGCCCAUCCAGAGUCAAGCGAUUCCCAAGAGGUUCUGCAAGCUGCGGAAGAUCAUGAACACCAAGACCUACCUGGAGUGGCCUCUUGAAGAAGAGCAACAGGCGAUGUUUUGGUUUAAUUUGAAAAUAGCUCUAAAAUCCUAGAGAGGGACAUUAAGGAAUACUUAGAUACCAAGUAUACUUUGGAUUUGUUUCCUGUUUCAUCUUAUCACCUAUCUGUA